GGCGCAGUCGGGGGAGGGCGAAAGAAAGAUCUGGCUCCUUACUGCAAGGACAGCUGCAGACCUCUAGACACAAUCAGGAUGUGACAUCACUGAAAAGUCCAGCAAGAGCUUCUUCUUUGAAAUACUUUGGUAUUCAUCGACUGUUUUAGGGGAACUGAAUGGAUCGCUUUCUUUGGCCUUCUCUGGCACAGCAGAGGUAGCGAGUUUUAUUCAGGUCGGCUGUAGCGUGGACAGCGAGUCAUUUUCUUUCACGAAGUUUGCUUCCGGGCAAGACAAAACAUCCACGCUCCUGUUAAUUUGUCUCUUCGCUUUGACGUUCUUUGCAGAAGUCAUCCUUAAUUUCUCCUUUGGAACAAAUACUCUUAUCCCCCAUCCUGGCUGGUUCUCAUUCAGCAUGGCUUUGUGUCUUAAACAAGUUUUUAACAAAGACAAAACAUUUCGUCCCCGGAAGAAAUUUGAACCAGGCACCCAGCGGUUUGAGCUAUACAAGAAAGCUCAAGCCUCAUUGAAAUCAGGACUGGACCUGAAAACUGUAGUCCAGUUACCCCCAGGGGAGAACAUCAAUGACUGGAUUGCUGUGCAUGUUGUGGACUUCUUCAACAGAAUAAAUCUUAUCUAUGGCACCAUGUCAGAAGUCUGUACUGAGAAGAGUUGCCCCAUUAUGUCGGGUGGGCUCAAGUAUGAAUACCGAUGGCAGGAUGACCACAGAUUUAAGAAGCCUACCAAGUUGCCAGCACCACAGUAUAUGAGCAUGCUGAUGGAUUGGAUUGAGACUCUAAUUAACAAUGAGGACAUCUUUCCUACCAGAAUAGGUGUUCCUUUCCCAAAGAACUUCCAGCAGGUCUGCACAAAGAUCCUCACACGUCUCUUCAGAGUCUUUGUUCAUGUCUACAUCCACCAUUUUGACAGCAUUAUCAGCAUGGGUGCAGAAGCUCAUGUUAACACCUGCUACAAGCACUUCUAUUACUUCAUCAGUGAGUUUAGUUUGGUUGACCAAAGGGAACUGGAGCCACUGAAAGAAAUGACAGAGAGAAUUUGCCAUUAAAGUCAUUUGAUCAGCUUUGAAGAAUCAUUAUUUGCAUGGUUCUGAUGAUGGAGUACAGUUUGAUCCAGUGAACUACUGCUAGGGAUUUGAAAAGCUUCCUGAUCUGGAGUCAGUCCCUGAAUUAUUGAGGAGAAAAUGGAAACUCUUUGCAUGGUCCCCAGUAGCUGUAUUCUCCUGGACUCUCUCCUUGUGACCUGAUGGCUCUAGAUUUUUUCUCUCUCUUUGGGAUUCAUCCUUCUGAGGUCCAUCAUCAGCUUUGCAUUUGACAAAAAUAUAAUGAAAAUGAUCUGGAAUUUUUUCUUAAAAAUUCUUUAGAGGGAAGAAUUUUAAACAAAAGAGUACUUCCAACUUCUUUGAAGUCCAAUCUGUGAAAGAAUCACAAGAAACUCAACUAUGCAUUCUAUAGAAAAAUGGUUGAAUGUCUCUGCACUCCUUCAGCAAAGGCAAUGACUGCUCAAUAUUUCUGUGGUCAGAAAUACUUUCCUCUGGAGGGACAGAGGUACUAGAAUGAGAACUAGAUUCUUGAAAAUACAGAAAUUCUUUCCAGUUGUGCAGGAGUAAUAGAAGAUUACAGAAAUCAUAGAAUGGAGAAGAAACCAAGAAUUAAGUCUGGUUUGUCAAUCACACUGCAAGGCAAGAUGAUAUACAAUGGCUAUAUGCCAGGGGUGGCCAACGGUAGCUCUCCAGAUGUUUUUUGCCUACAACUCCCAUCAGCCCCAGUCAUUGGCCAUGCUGGCUGGGGCUGAUGGGAGUUGUAUGCAGAAAACAUCUGGAGUGCUACCGUUGGCCACCCCUGCUAUAAAGGAAGCUUAAGCUCUGCAGAUACUAAGCCUAAGAAGGCAAUCUUCACAGCAAAACAAUCACAGAUUUCUCAACAGAAUUCAAAUAUAGUGUCCUUUGAUUAAAUUAAGUAACAAGCUAUGAAAAUUGCAUUGUAAAUAGAGCAUGUGAGCUACUUUCUGCCGAGUCAGAUCAGUAGUGCAUCUAGCCCACUACUGUCCGGCCUCGCUGGUGGUAACUCUGCAGGCUUUCAAGGAAAGAGCCAUUUCCAGCCCACCUAGCUAAAAGCCUUAUUUGGAAUGCCAGAUAAAGCCACACUCUCCUGCAUUCAGAGUGUGUGGCAUCUCACUGAGCCAUAGCCCUUCCUUAUAGCUCUCAGUAAUUAUUUCCCUGCUGGAUGAUAACUACUGCUUUUUUUAAUAGAAUGGAUGUAUUGAUUUUCAUACAUUUUUAAAACAAUGUCAUCUGAGCCACAUAUAUGGAUAAAUUUGACUGGUUUAUUUGGUACAAGUUUUGUACUUUACAUAUCAAUAUUUAUAUCUUGUGUUGUCUUGCUUUUUUCUGCCUGUGAACUUUUGAUAUUAAAAUUGCACAUAGUUUGACAGUA